GCGCGCAGUCGUAAACUGACGACGCUGUCGUGUCGUGUUGUCAUAUCGAUGCUGAACUUUAAACUUCUUUAUGUCGAGCUCCCGUUUGCUUACCGUCAAGAAACUGUAUAGUAUUUUAGAAAAACUGGCAACGUGAUCAGAGGAGACCGUCUUAAGAUCACUGCGUCCCAGCUGGCUGUUGAGUUCGAUGAUGGGUUUCUGGCAGCCAGUGACUAACCUUAGAGAAUAUGUGUCCCAGAAUCCUCCAGGAACAACUUUUUUCCUGUGUUUGUUGACUCUCGCGAUCUCAUUCAUCUGCCUCAGCUCUUACAGCUCCACUCACACUCUGCCUAACCCUGACACAACAAAGGACUGGAACCAUCUACUGUCUGCCUUAUCACAAUUCCAGCUGUGUGUGACAGGAAAUACAAGUUCAUCUGAGCUUGUUUCCUCAGUUUCCUCACCUCUGAUGGAGCAGGAAAAGGACAGAAGGACUUCCACCAACUCAACAAAGAGUCUUUCUCCCAUCACCCAUUUGCGUCUCAAGGUUCCUCUGACUGUGACCUCCAGUUCACCAGGCAGCUCGCUAAAAGACCUCAGUCUACAUGUCACCUUCAAUGCCAGUCAGCUACAACUUGGAGGCAAAAAACGUGUUAAUUUGACACUAGAGUCUCUGUCUGGAGACAAUGCCCACACCUGCCUCACCAUAAGUGCCCCAACACACCUCGUGCCCAUGAGUCGGCUGCCUCCUGAGUGCCCUGCAUCAGAGAAAAUUAUUUCACCCAUCCGUGUGGAAGCAAGUAACGAGAUACCUGCAGCAUCACAAGCCUGCUACAGUCUGCACUCCAAGAACGAUCCUACACUUACAGUCAUGUUAACACGGGAGGAGCAGAGGGUGGCAGUGCGACAUCUUUUGGAAGUCAGUGGGUGUCUGCUCGCAGUUUGUUUGAUGCUCUGUUUAGCUGCUGGUUUGACACAUUCACUCACACGCCGCAACCAGUGGAACGGACUGGACAUACAAAACGAGCCCUUGCUUCACACCUGAAUGUUUUUCAUUCUCUGCAUCCUGAAGACGGCGGUUGAAAGAGAGCGAUAUGUAAUCACCAGUUUUACAAAAGAGUCCAGGUUACACAUUGUGGGGAGUACAACUCAAUUUGUGGAAACAGUGUUAGAAUGUUUUCUGUUACUGUAGAGGAAGUUCUCACGUCUGAGAAAUGAACCCUGGUGAUGUCAACAAAGUUAAAGAAUGUGAUGGGAACAACUCUUCAGGUAAUGCCUGUACAGAUGUCUGUUAUGUGGCGUGUAUUCCAGGAGUUACUUGCCUUCUGUUGAACUGCCUUGUCUACUUGAGUUCCCAUAUUUCCCAAAGUUACUCUCAAUAAUUUGUAGAACAUGGACAAUAAUAUUUUUCAUUCAACCAAGUGAGAGCUUAAUAUAUUAAGAUAAAGUGUUUUUCCUGUUAAAUAUGUAAAUCUAAUAUUUUUUUAGCAGUGAAUGUGGACGUGUAAUGUACUGCGUUACUAUCCUCAGAUGUUUUUUCCUCAUGAAUUUAUGGGACCAAAGGUCGCUGGGUGUUCCAGGCAACUUUGAUAGUCUGUUUUACUGCUUCAGUGUACAUAUCUGAUUUUAUAAGCUCAUUGAAACCAGACGUGGCAUCAACAGAUACACGGUGUAAGCAUUCUGAUGGCCACCUUCACCCACUGACAUAAAUACUCACUUGCGUAGCUGUAGAGAACUUAAGCCGCAAGUGUUAAAGAAACACUGAAAUUUAAAAAACGGGUUAUAAUGUAUCUUAAUACUUCUGUGAUACACGCCAUUUCUGAUCUUUGUUCAAUAACAGAAACCUAACAGGACAUGAAGCACAGUCAAGUGUGUGCAUGGAAAUGAUCCGUGUGAACUGCUGAGUUUUAUGCAGCUCAGGAACAGACGACUGUUCUACCUUGCUUUAGUAGGAAUAAAACAUUCAUAGUGAAAACUAA